CACAAUUCAGGCUGUUUGGCAUCCCGAAACAGAAGUUCUCAAUACGUCUAAUGUUUCUUAUUUCUGUCAUUAAUCUGAUUGUCAUGAGACUCCAGGGAAAUAAAAGAAGUGCUGGAUUUUCAAUUGAAGAAAGGGAAUCUUUUGAGACCAACUUCCUCUCGAGGGGCUUUGUUGAUACCUUUAGAAGACAGUAUCCUCAUGCUGUUGGUUAUACUUAUUGGGGUUAUCGGCAUGGUGGGAGGAAGACAAAUAAAGGGUGGUGGCUCGAUUAUUUUCUUGUUUCAGAAUCUAUAGCAGACAAAGUUCAUGACUCGUACAUCCUUCCUUAUAUCACCAGUAGUGAUCAUAGUCCUAUUGGCCUGAUUCUCAAGCUUUAGUUCUGUCAUCUCUUUUGGGAUUUUGGUGAAUGGAUCCUGCAAAGGUAGUCCGGCAGCAUCAUCCUAGAUGCUGUUUGCUGAAAAGUAUUGAGCUUUUAUUGUCAUUGUCAUUCAUGUUGAAGCCACUAGCAAGGGAAAGUUUUUUUGAUGAAAUUUGCUUAGCAAAGGGGGCAAAGAAAAGAAGGACGAGAUGAGGGGGCUGACUGUAUUUACUUUAUCUGGGCCCUGUGGAGUGAUCUGGGUUUUUCUAGAUUAUUUUACAUGGCAUCUUUUGGAGGAAGAGUUAUGAUGGAACAUUGAGAUCACUUUUGAAAAAAUCUGUGCAAGUUUUUGAACAUACAUUCUAAUGCCGAAGAUGAUGAUGUUCCCAUAAUUAGGUGCGAAAAUGUUGGCAAUGUUUUAGACAAAUGUAAUUAGCGAGUUUCAUUUAUUUAUGGAAUCCUCCAGCUGCUCAAGUGUAUUACUGUUUGCUUUGAUUCCUUGACAACUACGAAGGCUCCUAGAAUUUGUCUUUGCA